AUGGAUCCAACCCUUCUAUUCCGCAUCCAGCGCCGCGCUAGACGUGGCCGGGCCGGGCCGCAGCCUGUUGAUCCCAUCCUCCUCGACAUUCACAAUGGCUUUUGCGCUUACGUUGCUAGCAUUCUGUCCACGGCUCUCGGAUCCUCUUACAUGAGCACGCAGGCCUCGCAAGGUUCAGACUCGACUUCCCAGCCGCAGAGUGUCACAAAGACGACUACUACACCCGCAUGCACCUCCAGCGCCCACCUCGUCCACCUUGCGCCGGCCAAAGGUCUAACAAACACUGGUUGCUGGUGCCCGAACCCGUCCAAACCUCGCCCACACCAUUGGCGCACCUGUACAAUCUUCAUCCCGCAACAAAUCGUGGCCCCCGAAGCCGCUGUGACAUCGUGCCCGCACUCGCCGACCUUGCCAACGUCGUCCCCUUCCGCCUAUGUCUACAAGCCGGCCGAGCCGCCCGCGGCGUCGACUGUUGAACAUUUGUUCUGCUUCGACCCUCUGGCCGCGAGCGCCUCGUACAUGCGCUGGUUUCUCGCGGUACAAGGCCCGCCCGACACGCCGCCGUCCGAGGACGACGCCACCUACCUCGGCCGGUGGCUCAUCGACUGCUAUUACACCGAUGACCACUACCGCAGCUACGGCGUGUCGAACCCGUACCUGCCGCUGCAGGACCGCGAGACGGGCGGGCCCGCGUACGACACCCGUUGGGAGGAAGUGCCCGCUACCGACGAGACGGCGCACGCGCACUACCGCCUGGUCGGCCGCUUCUUCAUGGAGCUGCGCGGCGAUCCGCCCAGAUCAAGCCGCGCCGGGUGCUGGUAUGACGCCGAGCGGGUACACGCUAUGAUUAGAUGGGAUAGAAUGAGCGUGCAGGAGACGAUGGAUGCGUUUCUGCCGUUUAUGCUGCGGGCCAAGGCGCAGAGGCUGCAGCACGAUGCGGCGGCGCACCGCUGA